UACUAGCUGUACAGCGGCUGUAGAUACAGUGCGAGAAAAGUCAGAAGUAUAUAUCCAGGUGAUGAUUUGACAAGUGUUAAAUUAUAAUGCCUUACCGUUUGUUUUAGAGCUAGGACACCGUGUCACUCAUGUUUUCCGCAACAAGUAGUCAACAGCUAGCUCACAUUUCACCUAUCUAAAUAUACAACUAUGUGUGAAGAAUUUAUCUCAUACAUGUUUCGAAUUAAUUUUGGAUGAUAAGAAACGGGGGAUAUCAUGCUUCAUUUGCGUGUCUGUAUUUUGCAUAAUGAAGUAAAAGGCUGCAUCAUUUCGUUUUCGUUAGCAGAUUGACAUGAUUUUGGUGCCAUGAGACGGUUACAGGUGAAAAGCGACGAAUGCGUUUAGGUUAAGUCUGUCUCAUUGAAUUUAGUUGUCAGACCUAGUUUAACAGAUGAAAUCAUAAUGUAGAUAGAAAAUAUAGAUAUACCUAUAACAAUGUAGUAUUCAGUAUGUGACAGCUCGUGUAAACUUGAUUUGCAUUAACUGUUCAAGUUCCUAAAAGGACUAAUGGAAAAAUAAUAGACGUGGGCUUAUUUGGUGAUUGUACACGAAUGCGGUGAUAUACAAUGUCAAUAGCUGAUUUAUGAAGUGAAAACAGUGAAAUAAAGUUUUGUUCGUUUAUUGUAAAAGGAACUUACGUAAUUUCUGGGAGCUCGAUUUAGUGGGAGUGGGUUGUUAGCACGUUUUUGACAUUAUCGCUUAUGACAAUAUUUCUGAUAAUGAGCUGGAAAUAAGCGAGUAAAACAAUCAAAGUAGACAAUUAGACAAGUGAUAUCCAAUUGCGGUUAUUGAUAAUAUAUUGUUACAAACCGGACGCACCAGUAAUUUGAAUUGUGCUGUGUGGAAAUGAUAUUUACACCGAACUCGGUGCUUGUGUAAAACCUAAUGGCAUGAACAUAGUAUAAGGAGUUGGACUAAAAAAAAUGGAAUAAACUAAUGGAUUCGUUAAACAUGAGUAGACUUCCUGAGAUUCCUUAGAAAUAUAUCAUAUUUACUUAUUAUCAUAUAAAUAUUUAGUCUUUACGUAGUGAGGCUGGAAUCUAUAAAUAUUUCAUCCGAGGAUUAUAUAGCAAGAUGUUUUAAUUCAUCGGGAAAUUAUUAAUAAUUGAUUGUGCUUCGUAUAGCGUAUAUUAUAUCAGCCUAUAAUAUUCUCAUAUUAUUUGAUAUAGCUAUAAUAAGUUAUAGUUUUAGUGACUAGUUUACAUGUUACCCAACACCAUGCAAAAAGGAAUUAGGAUCAAUGAUGGCCAAUUGUUGUAUCUGGCCAACAAGGCACGACAAGAAAACACAAUCUGUGGAUUUCUGUACAAGAAAAGUUCGGACACAGGAAAAUGGCAGUUGAGGUAUUUUGUUCUUUAUCAAAACCUGUUGUUCUACUUCGAGAAUGAUACUGCAAGUCGACCUUCGGGCGUUGCUGUUCUGGAAGGAAGUUAUUGUGAUAGAGCUAUUACAUCUGCUAGUGUAGCUAAAGGCAAAGAAAUAGACAAGCAGCACUGUUUUACCAUCACCUAUAAAAGUGAAGGUCAGCGACAAUAUGAUUUACGCUGUGAUUCAGAAUCAGAAUGUACCGCAUGGAUUGAUGCAAUUAAAAGAGCAAGUUACAGCAAGGUAUUGGAGAUGAAAGAAGAACUGGAACAGAAACAUCUACAUUUACUACAGAUACUAGACAGUGAACGUCAGGCAAAAUGGCAGUAUGUACAACAAACAGAUGAAUUUACAAUAGAAGUUAAAAAAUUAAAAGCUGAGCUUCAAAAAUUUAAAAACCAAAUAUUCUCUAAUCAUCAAGUAGAUGAAGAAACUGAUGAAAUUCGUAAAAUAAAAAAGGUUCAAAGUUUUUUUCGAGGGUGGCUGUGUCGCAGACGAUGGAAACAAAUCGUGGAACUGUAUAUUCGCUCACCACAUGCAGAAAGCAUGCGCAAACGUAACAGUAUUGUGUUCAGUAUGGUUGAAUGUGAAGAAGAAUAUAAUAGACAGCUCUCAUGUUUAGUUACAUGUUUUUUACGCCCAUUAAGAAUGGCGGCAAGUUCUAAAAAACCUCCAGUCACACAUGAAGAUGUAAACAGUAUAUUUUUAAACAGUGAAACGCUAUUGUUUUUACAUCAGAUAUUUCUAAAAGGAUUAACAGCCAGGUUAGAAAAUUGGCCUACUUUAGUAUUAGGGGAUUUAUUUGACAUGUUACUACCUAUGUUGAGUAUUUAUCAGGAAUAUGUACGAAAUCAUCAUUAUAGUUUACAAGUUUUAGCUGAAUACAAACAAAAACCAGAAUUUAAUAAUUUGCUCAAACGAUAUGAAGAGAAGCCAGCGUGUGAAGGCAGAUCUCUAGAAUUAUUUCUCACAUAUCCUAUGCAUCAAAUACCUCGUUAUAUAAUAACAUUGCAUGAAUUAUUGGCACACACACCUCAUGAUCAUGUUGAAAGAAAGAGUCUUGAAUAUGCUAAAAGUAAAUUAGAAGAAUUAUCUAGGGUGAUGCAUGAUGAAGUGAGUGAGACGGAAAAUAUACGUAAAAAUUUAGCUAUUGAAAGAAUGAUAGUAGAGGGUUGUGAUAUCCUUUUAGAUGUUAAUCAAACUUUUGUCCGGCAAGGUCCUUUGCUGCAGGUUCUCAAUGAAAAAAACAAAUCAAACCGGGGACGUUUAGGAUCCUUCAGCUCUUCCUUCAAGGAAUCCAAAAAGGAGGUGGUGCGACAAGUGUUCCUCUUCACCAAUCAUAUGUUACUGACACACCGAGCAUCCAAUGGUCGCCUCCAUCUUGCUAAGCAUUACGGGAAAAUAUCAUUAAUUGACUGUACACUUGUUGAAGAUCCUAACUCAGAUAUUUUCUUUUUUGAUGAAGAGACAUCAUCUUUAGAUUCAAAUCUUAGUAUUGGCAGCCAGACAUCUGCAGCAAAUCUACUUCAAGCACCUCCCUCUGAAAAGGAUGCUAAAGCAGAUUACAAUGGUUUAGAUUUUCGUAUAAUUAUUGAUUCUAAAAGUGGUCCACCUAUCACCAUAACAUUGGUUGCCUCCACACUCCAUGAAAAAGCUGCUUGGUGCAGUGAUAUCAGUCAGUGUAUAGAAAAUUUACAGUAUAGUGAUCUCCUGAACAGCUCCAUGAGUGAAUCUUCUUCCGUCACCAUGCCACAGUCUGUCAGAUACAUACACAGUACUGAGAUAUGGUCAGAUCCAAAACUGUUUCGUGAUGAUGUGGAUAUUAAAUUCAGUCGAACGCUUAACUCCUGCAAAGUUCCACAGAUUCGUCAUGCGAGUGUGGAUCGAUUACUGGAUAGACUGACAGACUUGCGGUUUCUAAGCAUCGACUUUCUUAACACAUUCCUGCUGACAUACCGUGUCUUCACUACUGGUCAAACAUUACUAGAAGCUUUAAAACGAGUUUAUAAAAAUCCUGAAGCUAGUAAUUUAGACUCUAGCAUGUGUUCUAUAUCUGCUCAGUCUCUAUCUGAUGCAGAAGAAGGUAGUCCACCACAUACAGAUUUUACUGGUGAACCACCUGAAGUUGAUUCCAAAUAUGUAAUUAAACCACAGGCCGAGAAAUUUAGACGCAUUAGUACGGGCUGUAUGAAUGAUGCUCAGACAGUAGACAGACUUCCACUUGGGGGCUUCCAUGGUACAAAAAUUGAACGAGGUGAAUCAGUAGAUAGUGAUGACAGUAGAUCAGAGUUAUCUACCUAUCUUAUUCCUCCAAAACCUAAACUAGCACCUAUCGCUUCUUGUGAAACACUGUAUGACCACGAUAUUCCUGAUGUGCCCUCAAUUACUAUGGAGGAUUCUUCAACUUCAGGUAUAACUCUGUCUGAUUUUGAAAUUGGUGAAUCAUCAGUUGAUACCUGUGAUAGUGACAAUGAGGGGCGACUCGCACCUCCACUGGUUAUUUCAGGGGCACCACAAGACUUCUCAGAGACGUUAAUGCGCACUAGCCACUACACUUUAAGUUCAGCUGCUAGCUCGGAUACUUUAACACCAGGAACACCUCAAGCCAGUCCCAUUCCGUCACCACUGGGAAGUCCAAAGAGAAUCAAGUUCAACCUGAAACAAAAUGGAAAUAAAGGUCGACCUCAAAGUCCAUCAGCUCCGUGCAAAAUGCCUGAUGCACCAGCAGUGAGCCUAGAAGCUCUAACUCUAUCACCUGCAAGUAGUCCAAUACGUGUGAUAAAACCCCUCCCAACAUCAUCACCAAUACGAGUACCUUCACCAAAAUUUCGUUCCACAUCACCAAAGCAGACAUCUUCUCCAUCGCGAACACCUAGAUCUCGAUCACCUUCAGUUAGUCCAAAAUUGAGACGAGCGCCUUCACCAAUAAGCUACAGUUAUUCAUCACCUAAUAUUAUAGCCCCACAGAUUAAGAUCAAGCCAUAUCAAGUUCAUCUGCAGCAACUACUGCAUUUGCUGCAGCCACUGCUGGUUUGGCUAACUACUCUUCAACAGAAAAUCCCAAAAAUGUGGGUCGCUUUCUUAGUGUUGGUCCAGGUACUGAUCGACCAGCUAAGAAACGGGAAUCUGUGAUAAGUACAGCAGCAACAAUGCGGGUACUAAAUAUAUUAAAGCACUGGGUAUCGAAACAUCAACAGCCGCUGUAAAAAACGGUAAAAUAUGUAGAUCUACUAAUGGCUGUAGUAAACAAUAUCAUAUUGGUUUCGCCAUCACUCUGCGAAUUAUUAAUAUUCUCAAAAACUGGAUUGUUAAAUUAC